ACUCGGAUGAUCCAAUCUUGACUAGAGAGUUGAGACAGAACAUAACUGAAGUUGUCCCCAACCAAAAAGUAUGGUCCUAAAUAAGUGUGUAGGCCUAGCCAUAACAACCACCACCUCCACCUUCGUCUCCUCCUCCACGUCAUCCCUCCUCCUCUUCUCCUCUUCUCUCUCUUCUAAACUCCCUCUUUCUCUCUGUAAACCCAAUCCCAUCACUCUCCCUAUAACUAGAAAACCCAUUUCUCUUUACAAUUCUCCCAUGAACAUUCUCAACAAGCUUGGUUUCGGUUUCAAGCCCACCCCUGACCCCGCCUCCAUGGAGAAUUCCUCAAUCGUUCAGGGCCCUGAUGAUGAUGUGCCGGCACCAGGUCAGCUGUUCGCUGAGUUCGGCGCUGGGUGCUUUUGGGGUGUUGAAUUGGCGUUUCAGAGAGUGCCUGGUGUUACCAAAACUGAGGUUGGAUAUAGUCAAGGGUUUUUGCAUAAUCCUAGUUAUGAAGAUGUGUGUACUGGGACAACUAAUCAUAAUGAGGUUGUGAGGGUUCAGUAUGAUCCUAAAGAGUGUAGCUUUGAGACUUUGCUUGAUGCUUUUUGGGCCAGGCAUGAUCCCACCACGCUUAAUCGCCAGGGUAAUGAUGUGGGAACUCAGUACAGGUCUGGAAUUUACUUCUACACCCCUGAGCAAGAGAAGGCAGCUCAAGAGUCUUUGGAACGACAGCAGAAGCUUUUGAACAGGAAAAUUGUUACCGAGAUUCUGCCUGCCAAGAAAUUCUACCGAGCCGAGGAGUACCACCAGCAGUACCUUGCGAAGGGAGGGCGUUUUGGAUUUAAGCAAUCUACUGAAAAAGGCUGCAAUGAUCCUAUCAGAUGCUACGGCUAAGUUGUCACGUGUCUUAACAGGCAAACAUUGGGUUAGUUGGACAUCUUGUUCCUAGAUUAUGGUUGUUAUUUAUUAUCAUACUUGAGCUCUUAUAUUUGCUUUAGUAACAAUGCUUGAUGCAUUUAGUUUCGGAACAAAAAUCUGUAAUUAGUAGUCGAUUACUAAGAAAUUGUCUAUACUUGUGUGUUUAACUGUUUGUGUAAAGGUUAUAUCCAGCAAUUGGAUCAAUUUGGUUUAUGCAGUAGCUAGUAGGAUAAUGAAUUUUCUCUGGUUUGGUUUUAAGUGUGGAUAAUUAUAUGCAAUGCGAAGGUUUGUAUUAUAUUGAUA